GUUUAAAUAACCAUUUAUAACUUGAUUUUAAAUAAUGAUAUCGUUGUUCUGAAUUUUUACUUCUUGACAUUUUCUAUUCUAAGAAAUUCAUAAAUAAUUAUAGUCAAAUUAUUAUAAAAAAUAAAAAAAGGAGAAAGGACAAGAAAAUAGGGAGUUUAAAGGAUAAUGUAAUUUUUUUUUUUAAAAUAAAUAAUGUUAUACAAACACUUGGCAUGUGGCGCUCACCAUUCGACUACUCUCCAAUUGAUCCCGGGAUGACUAGGAAUUACCCAAACUACCUCCAGCAUGCUGAAAUGGCUAUUGAGAACAACAUAGAUUAUGAAGUAAGAUGGGAGCGAACUUUUGUUGAACAUGUUGAAGAUUUCCUUUCUAAGUGGGAGCGGGCAAGAUCAUUCGGAUAUAAUGAGGGGACAAUCCUCUUGAUAUACCACCUUUUAAGCACUAUGCGACCUCAAUGGAGAGACGUGACUUACUUCGUGAGGGAUAUGGAUUAUGAGUUAUAUUUGGAAGAAGAUUGGGACAAUAUUGAUUUUAAAGGAUACUGUGAGGAUAUCAUAAUUUCAUGGAAUCACAGACAACAAGUACCAGCACCCGAACCAGAGCCAGAGCCAGAGCCAAAGGAGGACCCGGAGGAGGAAUCGGAAGAGGACCCAGAGGAAGAUAUUGAACCAGAGUUGGAAGACCCUAAGAAGGAAAUGCAACCACAAAAUUUCGUUGAUUUGAUUGCAGAUUCCGAGUCAGAGUCAUGCACUACUUCAGAGAUGAGAUGCCAUAAAAGAAGAUUUUUUUCAGGACACAGGGGGAUUAGGAUUAAGUGUUAUUUAUUUACUUAGGAAAAGUUUAAUUGUUUAGUUGAUUUUGAAGAGCACAUUAUUAUAUGUAAGGAUUUGAAAAUUUAUAUUUUUAAAAUUCUUCGUUAUUACAAAGAUUAUUAAUAAUAUUAUGUUGUUUUAUUAAA